UCUUUUCUCCCUGCCAUGCCUUGUGUGCAGUUGUCCUCUCUAUGCUUGUGGUCCCAGAUUUUUCCAGUCUCAGGAUGGAACCUCUUGAGGAGUGGGGGUUACUCGAUAGGGGAAUAACUCAGAUGGCAAGACCCCAGGUCCAAAACCCUACCUUAGAGUCCAAAAAUACUUUGGUCAGAAUUCCAAAGUGUUUUUGGAAUACACAACAUCAUGAGAUAGGUACAGUUAUCUUUGAUAGGCUCACAUAUCAGAAACAAAUUAAUUAUUUACUGCCAUUGACAUCAAGACCCUCAACAUGUUUACAUGGCAAGAGGACUGUUUGACCUUUUGUCAGAGUUAACUCACUCCGUGUCAGAUUAGCUCUCCUUCCUCACUGGCAAAACAUCCCCUGGCUUUCCAAAUCAAUACUUGUUUAUGGCGCUUAAUAAAUUAUUUCCCAUAAAAGCUCCUCGGGCUAACGCAUUGAGACCCCAUACCCGCAGAUGAACAUAAUGGUCCUAGUGUGUGUAAUGCACUUAGAGUGAGGUUACCACAGUGCAGAAUGACUGUGAAUGCCUUAUCACUCCACAGUGGCUAUGCUAGAGUUAACCUCUGGACUCACUGAUUGAACAACAAAGCCAUAGACAUACAGAGAAUGGGCAUAUCAGCAGAGCGAAAGCAGCCCAGAGACAAGGAGCAGGGAGUCGCACAUAAGAGAAAGACGGGCGAACAGGGCAGGGGACAGCUGUACUGUAGGCUACUGCAAGAGGGGAACAGGAAGUUAGUAUAGAGACCUGGAGUUUCCGUGAAAUGGCUUCUUAGUAAUACUAAGAGAAGUGGCACAACCGCGGCUGCUAUCUAGAAGUGGUGCUCAUAAAGAAAGCAGAAGCAGGAAGACCAUGAGCAGCUAGAAAGAAAGAGAGGGAGAGAGAGGGGAAGCUUUUAGGGUAGGAGAGUGAAAGAGAGAGAAUGGCAUACAAACAACGAGAGACCAUGAGACGAUAGAGCCGGGAAGGAGAGACUGAAGGCUUGUUUUGGUGGAAGAGAGGAGCCCCCCUGGAUGAGGAAGAGGCAGAUGAAGUUGAUCAGCAUGGGAGUGAAGGGCAGGGCAGCGGUGGCCGUCGUGUUCAUCCUCCUCCUCCUCGGCUCCCUCUGGCUGCAUGGAAACUUGGAGAGCCCCUGGGAGUCCUGCAUGAAGUCCUACAAUCAAAACGAUAAGGUGGUGUUCCACAGGAAUGGGAGCAUAGAGUCUGAUACACUGGAGCUGUGCCCCGGCCAGACGUUCCAAAUCUCCCUGCUGUAUGCUCACCUGCGGGCAGCACCCGUGGGCACGGAUGACGUGCUCCUGGAGCCCUAUCUCUCCAGCUGGGAGGAACUCAUCAAGUUCUUGGUAGCUAUGGGCCCUUUGGUUGGAGCAAUUUCCAAUGAAAUUGAGACAAAAACCUCCAUCAUCCGUGAGUUGGCAAAGCAGGAAGCAGAGAGAAUGAGAACUAAUGGGCAAAGUGGUCUGAGGGCAGAGGGGGUAAACCCAGACACACAGGCCCACAUGGUGGUGUCCUCCAUGGACCCUGACACUCUCGGGGCAUACGACUCUGUCCAGUCCAUGAUCUCGGCGGAGCUGAGCCGCGGCUUGGUGGACUUCCAGGAGCAGACGGACUCGGGCUGCCGCACGCUGCUGCGGCUCCACCGCGCCCUCCUGUGGCUGCAGCUGUUCCUGCGGAAGCUGGGCCAGGGCCCCGAGCCGGCGUCGGGCCGCCUGCGCAGCCCGUCCGACCUCUGCCGCGAGGCCUACCAGCAAACCCUGGCCCGGCACCACGGCUGGUGGGUGCGCCAGAUGGCCGACAUAGCGUUCAUCGCCCUGCCGGAAAGGACAUUUUUUUACCGGCUUAUAUGCGUCCAGAACCAGGAGGAGGCUACUGUGAUCCUCAAAAAAGUGGUUUACGCCAUCGACGUGAUGUACAACCGCACCCAGAGGGCGCUGGAGGAACACAGCAUGCUGGACUUGCCAUGAGUGGCGAGGAAGGUCAAAGGUCAAAAGGACUGUGUUUGCCGAAUCAGGAGUUUUAUUCUGUCAUAGCGUGGGGGUAACCAGGGACAUUUAGUCUCCCUCACCUGUUCCCUCCCAUGCCAUGACAUGGCAAAUUACUAUUUUAUGAAUAAUUCAAUUAAGAACCAAUUUUUGAGAAUCUCUGAGAGCAUUGUGGACUCACUCAUUGGUACUCAAAGUUGAAAGAAAAAAGCCUUACUGACUGGGGAUAGGGUUGGGGUUAUGGUUGGGUAACCCUAGGCCAUAGAUCUGGGCUCCAUCUUUAUACUUAAAAAUUAAAUAAAAACAGACAAUAGAAACUAUUGAGACAGAUCAUUCCUAAUGCACUGUUAAGUAAUUGUUGUCUAGUGUAAAUGUUUCAUGUUUUCAUCUAGUCGACAAGGCUUAUUUUAGAUGUUGCGAACAUUAUCAUAAUCUUGUAAUUAGAGUAGAGCUGCUUCCUUCUGGCUACCAUUCUGUAAAAACAUGAAUCCAAUUAAAGCGUUUCACUGUCCACCACUAAAAGACUAUACAGUAUAUUGCCCGCCCAAGGAGAAAAAUAAUUGACACCUGUUAAUCAUUUACCAGGUGAGGAGAUCCCACAGCCAUAAACUGGACCUCAUUACAGCAGGUCAAUUACUGAUGAUGAUGCUUUAUGGUCAAAGGUCAGUGAAUGGCUAUAGGUUACACAUUAUGUUUGUCAAGAUAACCCAAGACACGCCUUCAGAUACCUUCAAAUACAACACCAUACCAGAAAGAUAAAGUUUCUGGUUAGUGUAAAGUUCAAAGUGCACUGUUACUGUUUCAAAACUACCUUAUAAAUGUUGACCUGAAUGAGACAAUUGACAUAUAAAUGUCAAGAGGGUGUAGUCUGGCUGAUGCUUUGAUGUUUUAUAUGUUUGCAAUUUAUGCAAUGUAUCAAAAGUACCUUAUAAAUGUUGCCCUGAAUGAGACAUUUGACAUUAUACUGUAAAUGUCAAGAGGGUGUAGUCUGGCUGGUGCUAGGAUGUGUUAUAUUUUUGCAAUUUAUGCAACGGUACAACGUAGUUUGCUUCUAAGCCUAGUAAUGUUGUCAUUUUUUCAAAUGUUCAUUUUCAGAGGAUGGUUUAAGCAUCAACUAUUUAUUUAAGUGUUUAACUAUGCCCAGACCAAAUAAACAAAGGCAGCCAAGAAGCUGCUGCCAACAUAUUGCAAAUA